ACAGUUUAGUUACUCGCAGGCGUUCUGGAGAGCAAGACGUUUUCUCUCCUCGUUCAUUACCGCCAUUCUCGAUCGUACAAUUUUCGUGUGAUCAUUCUCUACCGAUUAUCGCGAACCGUUUCACUAUCUACAACUAAACGGUUCGAGUUUAGUCAUUGUUUGCCGCGACGCCAUUCACGCGAAGUAGACUUAAUGCAAACCGUAACUAAUCUGUGAUAUUACGUGCUAAUCUAAGCGCCAGAUUGUAGCCAGUUUAUCGAAUACAUCAAAAAACAAAUACCUAGAAAAGCUAUGCUAACGGUGUAUGGUCAAGUUUGCAUAUAUGGGCUGUUUCUUAUAUUGCAGCUGCAUGGAAGUGAUGCGGCUCUGAAAGAGUAUGAUGCUUGCAAACAUAACGGAAAGCCAGGAAUAUGUCGUGGAUAUUCGCACUGCAGAAAUGAGCUAGUUAACCAGCGGAUCACCAUCUGCAGCUACAACUCCCAGGAAGCGGUCGUGUGCUGCCCAGGAGAUGGCGGCAUCCGAGUUGACGAUACUGAAGAUAACAGUGAACAGCGAAUAAUGUCCACCCCGAAUGCCCGUAAAGCGGUUCAAAAAUGCAACGAAUACCGGAAGUUAUCCUUUAAUCGGGUAGCCAUUAGUACAUUGACUCUAACACCGACGGUGGUGAGCUUCGAAGUGCCAAAGUGUGACAACAUAGUCAAGUUGAUCGUCGGAGGAAAUGUUACGAAACCAGGCGAGUUUCCGCACAUGGCAGCCAUCGGUUGGCGCCGUGGUAACACCAAUUCGUUCGAUUGCGGAGGAUCGCUGAUCAGUGAUCGCUACGUACUAACUGCUGCCCAUUGCUACAUAGAGCUGGACGGCCAAUUACCUUCCUUUGUGCGACUCGGUGAUCAAAACUUAGUUCGUCAAGAUGAUGGAGCUCAGCCAAAGGAUGUGGAUAUAGAAUCAUUCAUACGGCAUCCCAACUUCAAACGUAUGCAAGGUUUAUACAAUGAUAUCGCGCUAGUUAAGCUGGUAGAUUCCGUGAAAUUCACAAACUUCAUCCGUCCGGCAUGCCUCUACGAUCGAGAACAAGUGGUUGCCGAACAGGCGAUCGCUACUGGUUUUGGUCUCACAGAAGAUCAUGGUGACAAAUCGGAUGAGCUGCUGAAGGUAUCACUGAAUGUAUACGACAACCAGGUAUGCAGUCAAGGAUAUCAGAAUAGUCGACAAUUGAAGAAAGGUGUCAUGCAGAGUCAGAUGUGCGUUGGUAAUGUAAAAGGCGGUAAGGAUACUUGUCAGGGCGACUCCGGAGGGCCAUUGCAGAUCACUAAGCAGGAAAAUCAUUGCGUUUUCUACAUCAUUGGCAUAACCUCGUUCGGACAGACAUGCGGGUCGACUGUGCCCGCCAUAUAUACCAGGGUGGCUUCCUUUUUGGACUGGAUUGAACCCAUCGUUUGGGGUUAAACAUUUAUUGUAGUACUAGAACGAUUCAUACAAGCGAUUGGAAUGUUGAAAUAAAUCAACAUCUCACAACUACAGA